AUGAUUCAGACGAUAGUUGUUGCUUUGUUAGUCUGUAUUUUGGCUACUAGCGGUUCGGCCAAGCCCAUGGUUUCGACAGAGCAUGGUAAGAUAGUUACAUUUAUAGCUUUUUUAAAAAAUUUGAAAAAAUUGCGAAGAAACUUUGUUUACAGACUAAAAAGUAGGAAAAAAAAGGCUGGAGUUAGGAGUAACUUACAGAAAAACUGACAAAACUUUUCGUACAAUCAACGAAAAUUGAUCCGCUGAGAUUUUUUAAAACCACAAGAACUUUCUUUACAACAACCUUUUUUUCAAACUUUUAAAAUUUUCGCAAAAACUUUUUUUACAAGCGAAAAAGUUAAGAAAAAUGGCAAAAAUCGGAGAUAAUUUUUAGAAAACCCGCAAGAACUUUCCUUACAGCAUCUUUUUCAAAAUUUAAAAUUUUAUGCAAAAACUUUGUUUCCACCGGCCAAAAAAUUCCGAAAAUCUUUCAAAAAUACGUGAUUAGUUCCCGGUUACCUUUGGUGGUAAUACUGUUUACAUGCGAUUAAGAAACAAGAAUAGAACAUCCCCUGAGGGUCAUGAGAUUUUCUGGCGGAUUAGAACACAACAUUCUGAGCAUACGGAAUUCAAUGAGAAUACCUUAAGGGUGGUUUCGAAAUUUUGAAUUUUGGAGUUUUAGGCCUUGAGGGCAAAUUAUUAAAUAUUAGGAGGUUUGAGACGGUUAUUAUGGCCAAUGGGUAGUGUUACAUUAAAAAUUUUUUAUAAAUUUUUAAAAUUUGUGAGAAAUUUGAUAUUUUUCUAAAUUUUUUAAAAAAAUUUUGAAAAUUCGAAAAAAAAUUCAAAUUCAAAAAAAAUUUUGACCCCAAAAUAAGUUGUCAUACGGUAGAUUAACCCUGAAAAUGAACUUGUAAUGUUGACAAGUUGGAAUACAAAUUAGAUUCGGCAAUUUAAUUAAGGAGCACAUUUGUCUCGGAUUAACAAUGUUAACAUUACAAUUAGUGUAACUUCAUUACAUAGUGGUUCCGUUCAUAUGUUGAUUUACAAAGUUAUGACUUGUGAUACCUAGGGCUAAAACAUAAUUUUAUAAUUUUUGUUAUAACUGAUAAAGACAUCGUGGUUAAUAUGAUGAUUUUGUUAACCAUGGUUAAUGUGAUAACUAUCUUAACCAUAGCUAUCAUGAUGACUAUCUUCAUCAUAGUUAAUAUCCACGUAGUUUUGCUGAUUACCAAGCAAUAAGCGGGUUAAUCCAGCUUUGAAAUGCCUUGGAAAUUCAUUGUAACUGGCUUAAUUUUUCGAAACAACGUAAUCAGCUUAACAUACGAUGAGAUCUCAGUAACUGUGAAGAUUGUUAAGCUGUGACUAAGCCUAUCACAAUGUAAUUGAUCAUAUCUUGUUAAUUACAUUGUGUAAUUGGGCUUAUAUUGUGUAUAUUACUAUGUAAUUGAGUUACUUUGUCAUAAUAAGGUGGUUAUCAGACUUUAAUUGCAUUGUGCAGAGAAUGACAAUUGUCUUAGCGUUAAUAGGCUUAGGAUUUGUUAGACAAAGCUUUGGGGGUUACUGCGUAAAUUUAUUUAAAAAAAUUGUACCAGUUGCUCUAGUAGGCCUAUAUUUUCACUUUUUACCUUCUAAAUCCCAUUUUUCUAAAAAAAAAUUUUUUGAUGAUUUUCCAUCCCCGACCCCCUACCAUAACACCCCCCCCUUGCUAACCAACGCAAAAGCCUAAACAACCCUUUCCGCCAGAUGUUUUUCCAACCUUUUGAGUACCUUUUGAGCAACCUUUUCGAAAAUUAAAAAUUCAAAGUUCGAAGCGAUUAAUUAAGCCUUUUACUUAAAUCCGACAUCACUGGACCAGUCUUAUUCGUCUUAUCUUAUUCAUCAAAGCCAAUUCGUUCUGCAUAAUUAAUAAUGCCACUUUUAUUUCGAUGAUAAUUUACUUCCCAAUAGCCUGGAAGUUUGUCAACAUAGUUGCUUUAUUAAGGAACGUCAUUAUAUUGCAAAAAAUUUAAAAAAAUUGUCAGGGACGAGGGUUAUCAAAAGUAGUGAAAAAAUCCACAGGGUUCAAAAAAUUUUUUUUUUCAAAAAUUUUUUCUAAAAAUUUUUAAAUGGUAAUUUAUUUCCCAAAAGCUAAAAGUUUGUCAACAUAGUUGCUUUAUCAGGGCACGUCAUGACAUUGCAAAAAAAAAUAAUUUGCAAAAGCCAAAAGCGUGAUCAUGCAAAAAAAUCCACAGGGGGGACCAAGCUGAAAUUUUUCGAAAUUUUUUUUUCAAACUUUUUUUUCUAAAAAAUUAUUUUUUUUGACAAAACCAUGCUAGAAAUGCCACAAACUUCAUUAAAAAUUCUCCAAACAUAGUCGAGUUCAAAAAAGUUUGAAUUUCAAAGUAUUUUAGUCCCCAGCCAAAUUUAUUCGCGCCGCCGGAAACGUUUAAUAUUCAUUAGUUUGCAAAAUGUUUACAGUCGAAUUGGAUUCAAAUAUUUACAAAAGUUUGAGAGGAAAAAACUUUGUUUACAAGUGGAAAUUAGCAUUUUAAAUUAAUUUUUAUUUUCAAAGUUUGGGCGGAAAAACAAUUAGGUAAUAGGCAAUUAGGUGAUUUUUGGAGGUUUUGGUUAGGGUUUUGAACUUUGUUGAUUUGCUAGGGGUAUUUUGGGUGAAAUGACGUUUUAUGAGUUUGGUAAUGUUUUUGGCUCCAGUGGCAAAAAUUUUUGAUAAAAAAUUUAAAAUUUAGAAAAAAAAAUUUUUUUUUUAAAAAUUAAAUUUUUUUUUUGAAAUUUUCACUUCAUCACUGUAAAACAUAGUAAAAUCACCCCUCCUAGCAGUUUCUGUAAUUAAAAAUUUCCCCUCUAAAAAAUUCAAAACCCCCCACCUCCUCUAAAAAAUUUAAAAUUACCACACCCUCAAAAAAUCAAAAUUGCCUUUUUCUAAAAAAUUCAAAAUCACCACCCCCAAAAAUUAAAUUUUUUAAAUUACUACCCUCCCCUAAAAAAUUUCAAAAUUACCACCUCUUAAAACCCUCACAUUUCUAACCCAUACCCACUUUCAGAAGCCCAAAAACUGUACGCAUUGGCAGAGCUGAUCGAAGCCGAGGAGGCGGCCCAUAAGCUGGAACAGCGGCUACGUCAGAGUUUGUUGCAUGAGGAGCCGGCGACGUUGGCUGAGGCGUUGGACCAACUGAACGCCUAUCCCCAACCGGUCGAAGGGAAGCACGGUGAAGGCAAGACGACGCCGUUGUCGCUGCAGUUCUUCGAGAAACGGUCGAAAAACUUUUUGAAGCUGGCGAAUCAGGCCGCGCGCGGCUUCGGCCGCAAAUAA